AUGGCUCAUCAAAACAAACUCAACGAACGGCAUUCGAUCUUCAUGUCGAGAAGUCAUCGUCUUAGCGUCGAGACCACCGUACAUGAACGGAAGAACGGGAGUUCAUCAGCCUUGUUCAACCUCGUGGCAGGGACCGGAACGCACUGGCUGAAAUACCGAGGAAUUUGGAUGCAGGUUGUCAGAGAACGGGAAACCCAAUCCAUUGAAGUAAUGUCUGGCACACCCUGGGAAACUGUCACUCUUACAACGCUUUCCAAAGACCGUGCCAUAUUUCCGAAACUCCUUACUGAAGCCAGAGACCUAGCUUUGCGGGGACAAGAAGGAAAACUAGUCAUCCAUACCGCCUGGGGAACCGACUGGCGGCCGUUUGGGCAACCGCGAAGAAAGCGACCCUUGUCAAGCGUGGUCCUGGAUGUCGGUAUCAGGGAGAAGAUUGAGGGCGAUGUAAAGACCUUUUUGAAUCGACGGAAAUGGUAUGCUGAUAGAGGUAUACCUUAUCGUCGAGGAUAUCUCCUCCAUGGUCCUCCCGGGUCCGGAAAAUCUUCUUUCAUACAAGCGCUUGCAGGCUCACUCAACUACGAUAUCUGUUUGCUCAACCUUUCCGAGCGGGGUUUAGGAGACGAUAAGCUCAAUCACCUUUUAUCCAACGUUCCCGAGCGUUCAUUUGUCUUGAUCGAGGAUGUAGAUGCCGCUUUCAAUAAACGUGUACAAACCUCCGAAGACGGCUAUCAAUCAUCUGUCACCUUUUCUGGCUUCCUGAACGCUCUCGAUGGCGUUGCUUCAGGGGAGGAACGUGUAAUAUUCCUUACCACGAAUCACUUUGAACGACUGGACCCCGCCUUGGUUCGGCCCGGCAGAGUGGAUAUUCUGGAAUAUAUUGGCGACGCGACUCCGGACCAAGCAUCUACGUUGUUUGAACGGUUCUAUGGCACUGACAUAGAUCUGGACGUUAAAGAGGAAGGAAGGCAAAGAGAGUUGGAGGAACAAGGUCAGGAAUUGCGAUUCAUUAUCAAGAAGGGCGGCGAGAAGGGACGCACCAUAAGCAUGGCUGCCUUGCAAGGGCUUUUUAUAAGGAACGGCGGUAGUUCACGGGGGGCUAUUGAGGGGUGCCAGGAGCACUUUGAAGUGCAAAAGUAG